AUGAAUCAGUGUAACAUUAAUCUUCUUGAUCUUCCUACUGAAAUAUUAAUUACCAUUUUUAAAAAAUUAGAUAAUAUUGAUAUUCUAUAUUCAUUGUUUGAUGUUAAUAAUCAACGACUCGACAAGAUAAUAAAAGAAAAUAUUUGUAUUCAUACUCUCAAUUUUGUAUCAACAACGUUAACUGAUGAUACUUUAUCGAUUUCUGAUCGAAUACUUGAUCGAUUCUGCAUGAAUAUAUUGCCAAGAAUCCAUUACAAUAUUAAAUCUAUUGUUCUUAAUUCAUUAUCUAUGGAACGUAUUCUUCGUGUUGCUGGUUAUCCUAAUUUAAGUGAACUUAAAAUCUUUAAUUUUAAUGGUAAAAUUGUUUCACAUUAUUUAACAGUUGAAUCACCACUUCGACGAAUUUUUCAGCGACAAAUUACAGAUCUUAUUCUUGUAUUUGAAAAUUCUUUUAAUGAAAUAUCAUGUGAACAUUAUUCAACAGAUAUAUAUGGAUUUAUUUUUAAAUUCUUCGAAAAUCUAAAACAUUUAUCUAUUAUUGGAUCAUACUCGAAAAAUUUUCCACCUUUAAUACUUUGUAAUUUACCUUCAACUACUUACUACUCUUCAACACUUUACAAAUUAUGUAUUCAUGUUAUGCAUUACGAUGAUUUACUUGCUUUACUUGACGGUCGUCUCAAACAAUUAAAUACAUUGAAUGUUGUUAUUAUAGAUGAGGAUUUUCAUUCAACGAAUGUUUAUAAUACGAAUAAUUUACCUGAUUUGAAAUAUUUUAAUUUACAAUGUAAUUGUUUAACUGAUGCAUAUUAUAAUAAAAUUCUACCACUUUUACGUCGUAUGUUAAAUAUUGAAGUAUUAAAUUUAAAUCUUAUUCUUGACAAUCUAACAACAUUUAUUGAUGAUCGUUUACGUAUUCCAAUUCAAGAUGCAAAAGCUACGGCACGAUCCUUGCUGAAUCUUUAUACACAAGCUGUUAAUGCCAACAUUGGUGCUGCUGAUUUAUUUGAUCGUCUUACUGAUUCUCUUCGAAUGCCUGGUGAAAUUGCUAAUACAAUUGUUGAUAUUUGUCAAUCGGUGCCGUACUUGAAAACACAAUUUAUUUCACAAUCUGGUCUCUGCAUAUCAUAUCCUGAUCUCACUGACAACAAGAAACGACAACGCACAUUUGCGCUGAUGCAGUCACCAUUGAUCAUUGAAGCUACAACUCGUCUCAUUGCCUUCUUCUCGAAUCGUCAACUUUAUAUACCAUCAAUCAAAAAGCUAAUUGAAGAUUUUAUUGCCUGUCUUCCGGUGAUCAAAGACAGUAAUCAUAAUCGAUCAUCGACUAAUAUAUCUGAUUUGGUUGAAGAAAUGCUCACUCAAACUCGAAUAGAACUUGAUAUUGAAACUAUUAAUCGGAAUUCGUUUAUGGAAUCUGAACCACUCGAUAAUCCAUCAAAUGCACAAACACUUACCGGAAAAAUAAUUGUUAAUAAAAAGGUUAGAGACUGA